AUGCAGGUCGAGCGCAGCGAUAAAGAACUAAGAGAAUAUAUCAAAUCCAUAACGGUUCGAGUGAUGGUCGACGAGAAGCCACAAAUUGAAAGUGUGAGGAUACAACAAACAGUGGCUCCGCAACAACAACAACAGCAGCAACAACAACAUCAGCCUCAUCAACAGACUAUCCAACAGGUGACACAGCAACAACAACACCAUCAAAGUACAUCAUCGACCACCACAACGACCCGUGUUGUUCUCGAUGAAAUCCAAGGCCUUAAAUUACAGCAGAGCCAGUCGUCCACCCCGGUCCACCAAGAGGAGGAUAAGAAACCUGUACAACAGUCCCUGUUGAUACAUAAUCAACAUCGUCCUCAGCAGCAGCCUCCGCAGCAAUUGCUAAUGCACUCAGCCACCACAAGCUCCAACACCACCUCUUCCGCCUCCUCCUCAACCACCGUUAAACGGAAAUCUUCCGUAAAAAAAUCCCAACCCGCAGCCAAGAAGUUUGCCCAAAUUCAGCAGCAGCAGCAAAACAACAUUUCAACACCUGCCCUUCAGCAACAACAGCAACAGCACAUCUUACCCCAGACCACUAUAAGUUUAAAUGAGAACAACGGCACUCUGACUUUACAACAACAUAGCGGUAAUAACAAUAACAACAACACCCUCAGCCACCAGCCACGUUUGACCACCCAGACCUUGCUCAACACAAAUCCACCACAAUUAUUGCCAAUAUCCUCCUCGUCCAACAACAACCACAACAGUAAUGUCCUGCCUCAACAAAUUGUCCUGCCAAAUGGUCAGAUAAUAACCACCACCACCCAGUUGUUGGCCACAAAUGGUGGUGGUAAUUCCGGUGGACCACCCCAAUUGACCCAAAUAAUUAGCGGUAAUCCCGCCAAUCAUCUGCUCCAUCACACCACCCCCGCCCCUCCACAGUUACAACAACCCCAAUUUGCCCCCGCCCAAUUAAUACAAACCACCAGUGGUCAGACCCUGCAAUUGAUACAACAACCCAAUGGCCAACAGAUUCUGCAAUUGGUACAAAUUGUACCCCAGCGGACCUUGACGGCGGUGGGAGGUGGUACUACAGGUGGGGGUAAUGUGAUAACUACCCAUACCCUAAGUAAUGGUGGUAAUGCCACUGCGAUCCUGGAAGAUGAUCAUCUAACCAUAAUGGAUGAGGAGGCUCUUAUGGAACAAACGGAACAGCAUCUAAUCGAUGAUGAGGAGGGGGAUCAGCAGGAGGAAGAUUUGGAUGGUGGUGGUGGUCACAUGGGGGAUGAGCAGAGCAAUAAUCAUGUUCUACACCAUUCAAAUGAGCGGGAUCAAAUUUUGACCACAUCCCAUCAGCAACAACAACACCAUCAUCAAGGCCUAAUUUUACCCGAUGUCGUCGUUCAGGAAGUCAUUGAUGAUGAUGGGGAAGAUGAACUCGACGAAGAGGAUGAUAUUAUUGAAGAAAUCCACAUGGAAGAGGAAAUCUUACAGGAUGAUGGCACCAUGCUAUUGGAAACAUCAAAUGGUUCGGAAUUUAUUAGCACCACCCAUGAACAGGAGAUGGAGGAACAGCAUCAUCAUCAGAUGUUAGAUGAUGAGGACGAUGAGGCGAAUAUCUAUCAUGAGGAUAAUUCCCUGGCCCAUUACACUGUUGUGGAGGGUGGUUGCAUUGAUGAUGUGGAUGAUGUUGAAGCCAUGGAGGAGGCGGAGGUAAAUGCUGUUUUCCAGGCCGCGUGUGAUGCCAAUGAAACGGAGAUGCAACAGGCGCAGGCGCAACAGCAGCAACAACAACAGCAACAAUUUAAUAAUAAAAUUAGUAACUCCUCCUGCUCCUCCAAUCACAAUUCCCUAGAUGCCUCACCUGUCGCAAACUCCUCCUCGGCCACAAAAACAAAAUCCAGGCGUGGUGGCAACAACUCAAAUUCCAACACCUCCAACAACAAUAAUUCCAAUCGCUCCUUGGCCAACUCCCGACAAUUACAAGCCACCGCCUGUUCCAUAGCCCAGGCCGCCGGGCAGGAUGAUGAUUUCGAAAUUGAUUCCAAACUCAUUGCAGAAUUUAUUAACCAACAAACCACCAUUUUGGCUACGGGACGUUACAAGUGCAAUUUAUGUCAAAAAGAAUUUAAACAAUUUAAGGGUCUGCAGAACCACAUGCAUCAACAUUCAAAUUGGAUUCGGGCCAAUUGCAAGAAACAACCACAAUGUGAAAUAUGUCACAAGAGUUUCAAGGGCCCGGGGAUGUUACGCAUGCACAUGAAAACUCAUCAAUCGGCAGGGAAGGUACCCACCUGUCACAUUUGCAAUAAGGCUUUCAAAUCGAAAGCCAUACUCUAUCGUCAUCGGCAGACACAUCAACAGCGUUCCUAUUGUUGUGCUGUGGACAAUUGUCGUAAACAUUUUUCCACUGCCAUGACUUUGAAAUCGCACAUCGAACGUAAACAUGCCAAUUGUGCGGAUAUACCGCGAUACAAAUGUGGGGAAUGUAAUACCGUCUUCUAUGAUAUUGAAACACUGGAAGAUCAUUUUCAAAUUACCGGACAUGGUGGAGGAGGUGGAGCGG